UCGCCAGAAGUCCUUGGAUUCCUAGAUCUCCUAGAUCUCAAAGCUGAAGUAUCAGAGGCUGAGACCGAUGAUCAGAAUGAUGGCGACAAAGACGAUCUUAUCGACGACAAUGAAGACAUUGACGAGUCGAUUUCGGGAGAUGUGCACCAAAACCUUCUCCGUGAAGCGUUGAUGCCGUCUGAUGCCGACGCCUUUUGGGAAAGCUUUCUCGAGCACAUCACGUCUCAUCAAGAUAUUGGGGAAGAUGUCCAAGAUAUCGGAAAGGUGUCUUUAUGGGCAGUGGUCGUCAAGCCUGGUUAUGAGGAGCAGAUAGUCUUUCGAAUCCAUCGGCGCCUCAUGGACAAGAGGUUUUCUGCACACUUACGACCCCCAGCGGUCUUUGGUUGGAAAGCACUACCUGGCAGAGUCUUUUUUGAAGGUGGUUCUAAAGAAAUUAUUCGCAAAGUCUGUAACGGCAUAUCAAACGUGCUGGCCUCAAAGACUUUCAACAUCCCGGAUCCUAACCCCUCCAUCUUCACUCUUCCCGACACCUUUCAACCAAAGCGUCAUUCCUGGAUAGGCAAUGGAGUGAAAAUUACUGACAGAGAUUCAAGGGCGGGUUUUGGAACGAUUGUUGACAUUAAAGACAAUGAGGCUGUUGUGUUUUUGACAACACAUGAUGUGACAAUUACUGUACCCUUUUCGUCGCUUCGAAAACAUCUUAAAGUAGGGGACGAAGUGCGCAUUCUUUUGGGAGACCACCAAGGUGUUACGGGCUGGGUAGUAAAUCAAGACGAUGACUAUGUAGAGGUAUCCCCCGGGAAUGUCGAGUUCUUCAGCUCCCCCUUUGUCUUCGCAACGGAAUCCCCGGAGUCCUUGACAGCGGCACAAAAUGCUGACGAAAGGCUUCAGCCCCCAAGGCCUCGAGAGCUUCUGACCGAUUUCUCUUACCCACUUGAACCAGUGCCUCCACCUGGUACUUUGGCAAGCUUUUUGUUCCCUGGUCUGCCCUUGCCGGAUCCGCAACCCUCAGCCGCAUAUCCUGCUGCCCUCAUGCAGACUCCGACCAUUGCGGGGCCAUCUACUCCGCUUCCUAACUCACAAGAUAUCACAUCAGUCACCCAUUUUAGGGUACCUAUGAGUUGUGUUACACUUCCCUUUGUAUGGACUAAUUUCAGUGAAAGCUGGAGCCUUGAGAAGGUUUUUAUUCUGGAGGCCAUUUUUGGCAUCUGA